AUGGAGGUGAUUUGGGGUUCGAUCUUGGGUCUGGGCCUGCCCGAACGUUGGCUCUUCGCCCUCGGCACGUUCGUGGUUCACGAGGCGGCCUUCGUGCCGUUGAAUGCCAUCCUCUUCCUUUGCCACCAUCGCGGGUGGCUUAAUCGAUUCAAGAUUCAGGUGGGGGGCUCGCCAUCCUCGACUUCCAAGGCUUCAUCACAUUCUCCAGGCCAUCCCUUUCCCAAGGCGAGGCUGGUUCGCGAGUGCAUCUUCAGUCUCUGCGUCAAUCACCUGGUCCUCCAGAUUCCCACCCUCUACUUGGUCUAUCCGGCCUUCAAGUACUUCGGCAUGCGCAGCGAUAUCGCCAGCCUUCCUGAUGCGUGGGAGAUGGCCAGGCACAUCGCAAUCUUCAUCCUCAUUAACGACACGGGAUUCUAUUGGAUGCACCGAUUGAUGCACACGAAGUGGUUCUACCGCAGCAUUCAUGCACGGCACCAUCGCUUCACCGCCCCCAUCGGCAUCGCGUCUGAAUUUGCACAUCCCGUCGAGCAAGUGCUGGCUAACCAGCUGCCCACCAUCCUCGGCGCGAUGCUGAUGGGCUCUCACCUGCUCACCUUUUGGGUGUGGCUGUUCCUGCGCAUUGUCGAAACGAUCGAGGCCCACAGCGGGUACUCACUCCCACUGAGCCCGUUCUCGCUCGUCCCAUUUAUGAAUGGAGCCGACGUACACGACUUCCACCACUCUCACAAUCAAUGGCGACGAGAUCAAAAAGAAAAGGCGGGCUGA